AUGUGCAAAACUGUAUUUCUUUUAUUAGCAAUAUUUGUUGCUAUUUCUUAUGGUGAUGAUAAGAGUAGUUUAACGUUUGUGAUAGAUGACACCGGUUCUAUGAGUGAUGAUAUUGCGCAAGUGAAGGAAGGAGUCAAUCUUAUAUUCGACACUGUCACUAAUUCGAACGUUUCGCUUAUUGAGGAUUUCGUUUUGGUGACAUUCAAUGAUCCACAUGUUACAUUCCGGACUGCCACUAAAAGCAAGGAGGUAUUCAAGCAACAACUGGCAAGCAUCACCGUCACAGGUGGGGGAGAUUGCCCUGAAAUGGCGAUGACAGGUAUAGAGACCGCGCUCUCGUCGAGUAAGCCAAAGUCCUAUUUGUAUGUAUUCACUGAUGCCUCCGCUAAAGAUUAUAGUAAACUAGAAACUAUACAGAGUAAAGCGAUCAAGGAUAGUUCACAGGUAGUAUUCCUAUUAACUGGGAGAUGUACAGCUAACGAUAACGAUCCGGACUACCAGGCAUAUUAUAAACUGGCAGAAGCUACGUCAGGACAAGUAUUUCAUUUGGGCAAACAAAACGUGAAAGAGAUCUUGCACUAUAUAGCUGAACAAAUCGAAAGCCCAAAAACGAUAAUUACAGCUAAAAAAUUUCCGCCUGGUCCAGGACAUAACCUCACGUUUCCGGUAGAUCCAGACAUGAAAACUUUAAUAGUCUCAGAAUCUGGAAAAGAGCCCACAAUAGAUGUUAGAUCACCAGACGGCAGCGUUCCAGACACAAAAACAGUUGUAGAUUUACCAGAGGUUAUUGCUAUACGCAUAGAUGAUACGAUACCUGGAAACUACACGGCUGUGGUCGGCAGUAAAUCGGAGACCAGCGUUGUAGUGACUGCUACUACUAGUAUUAAAUUCAAGCAUGGGUUCUCUGUUGUACCUCCUACUAACAUUGGAGAUACUGCCACUAGACCUGUUUCAGAUGAAAAAACUCAUUUAUCCAUCAAAUUAGAAACUCCAGACAAUGAUAAGAUUCUUGCAUCAGUAGAAAUAUUAGAUAUCAAAGAAAAUGUGCGUCAUGAAAUGCCAUUGACGUUGAUCAAUGAAAAAGAAAAAUUUUAUUCAACAAAAGAUUUCCAGCCGCCAGAAUACCUAUUUAAAAUUGCAGUUAAAGGAUUAGAUACGAAAACUAAUACAACUUUUAAAAGGAUUGGCCCUACUCCUAUAGAAGUCCAACGUCCUAUAAAAGGAGUAAUAGAUGCCAUGGCGCCUUCUAUAAAAUUUGAUGGUGGAUUAAAGAUAGACGCCGUAUAUAAUGAACCCUUAAAAAUAUCUUGUAAAGUUAGAGCUUACCCUAAGCCGGACAUAAUUUGGGUUGAUAAUUCUGGAACAUUUUUUCCGACAACGGUUUCCAUCGUGGAACUCCCAUAUGAUUACAUCAGCAUUAUGAGCAUAGACAAAAUCACAAAGAACUCGACGUAUACAUGUAAGGCUUCUAACACACAUGGGGAUUAUUCCAAGAAUAUAGAUGUCGUGACAAUGCGGAAGGAGUACUUCAAUAUCAUAGAAGUUCCCAAAGAUACAACUAUAGAAUAUAGAAAAAGUGGUAAGAUCAUUUGCAAUGUCGAUGCAUUCCCUCCAGCUAAUAUAGCAUGGUAUAGCAAGGAAACAAAAUUACACACAGAUGAAUUUUUCGAUAUAUCUCAUGAUGGUACUGUGUUGAUAAUAAGAGAUAUGCUACCUCAUUUAAAUAAAUCAUAUAGUUGUCAAGUCAAGAACGAUGAUAAUAAAGAAACUUUUCCAUUCAACAUAAUUCUUUUAGGAUUUGAAAAACCUGAAAUUGAAAAAACGCCGCCUAUACUCCAUGGUAUAAAAGGAAAUAACAGUGAAAUAAUUUGCAGAAUCAUCAAAGGAUCUCCAAAACCUCAAAUAGUUUGGUAUUUCAAAGCCGAGGGCAAUAAAAGAUUUUCGAAGUUGAAUGAAAGUGGUGAAGUUUUACUGCUGCGAAACCUGGAUUUCUCCAACGAAGGCGUUUAUACUUGUCACGUGUCAAAUGACGCUGGGCAAGAUUUUAAAGAAGUCACACUAGUUGUCGACUAUGCUCCUUACAUAGACCAAGAUAAGUUUCGUGUCAUAUCUCGUCAUGGCGAAUCCACUACUUUAAAAUGCCAAGUACAUGGUGUACCAAAGCCGAAAGUGAGCUGGUUUCAUGAUGGAAUAGAGAUUUUCAACGAUCGAGAGCAUCAUAUCUACAGAGAUCAUAGUUUAAGGUUCAAAGGAUCACUUGCAAACAAUGGCCAAUUCGUAUGUAUUGCAUCUAAUACAGUUGGCACCGCAUCCAGAACCGUGCAAGUUGAUUACAUUGUUCCAGUUGCAAUAGAACCACCAAAAGUCAGCACCUUUGAGAUGAAUUUCGGUGAUCGAAUCACGUUACCCUGCCAAGCUGAUGGCUAUCCACGACCCACUAUCAAAUGGAUAUUUUACAAUACUGUCACCAAAAGACGUAUAACAAUAAGACCAUCAGAUAACUCCGGUUCGCUAAACCUGUACAAUCUGCAUCCGCAACAAGGUGGAUACUACAGCUGCGUCGCACGGAACGUAGACAGUUCUGCGAAUAUUACUUACCAUAUUACAGUAUUAGAAAAACCUUAUAUCCACAAUAACAACCCAAAGAAAACUUUCACGGUUGUGACAAGAGAUCUUGUUCACGUGAUUCCAUGUCAAGCCUCUGGAAAUCCAAAGCCAGAAAUCACGUGGAGCAAAAAUGGACUAAAUAUAGCUGCAGGAACUGAAUGGUAUGAUAUCCAAGAUGAUGGUACGUUAGUUAUCAAAAACAUUGAUGAAGUAUCUGCCGGUAGUUAUGUUUGUAAAGCUCAAAAUAAAGUUGGCGAAGACAGUCAAGCCUUCCAUGUCAUAGUUCGACCAUUUCCUGAUACUAUCACACCAACAGAGAUAAUAAAUUUACAGGAAAACAGUACUGUGGAUCUUGUGUGUAAUAUUUCACAUACGCGACUUGAUUAUAUACGUUGGUAUAAGGAUAGAAAGCUAGUUUCUGAAGGAGAACUGACUUUGAGAAACGUUAAAAUUUCCGAUGCUGGAAUUUACACUUGCCGUGUUAGCACAUUCUCUGAAUCAACAUCAAAAUCGACCAGACUUAUAGUUGGAUCUGCACCCACUUUUAUAGGCGAUACUGAAUUAACAAUAAAUUAUGAGGAUAACAUUCCAACUUUUUUGGACUGCGAGGCAUUCGGAGAACCAACACCAGAGAUCGUUUGGCUACAAAACGGUAAACAACUCGACUCUCGAAAAAUGCUUUUAGAGUUUGAAAUGACCUCGGAUACUAGAGGACAAUAUCAAUGUAUAGUGAAAAACAUUUAUGGCACCAUCAAUAGAACUUUUGAAAUUAUAUCAAGAGAAUGCUUUUUGAAUAUGGAAGAAGGUUUCAUGACAACUCAACCUAUUAUGGUCGAACCACGCUUUUUGAGGGCCCCACAAUUCGAAAUAAGUAAUGGUUUCGUACGAAUUCCAACAGAGGAAAGUCUGUUGCUAUAUUGUCCUAGUGGAUUUUCUAAUAUUCCUAGAUCAGAGGUAAUUGCAACGUGCGAGGGCGAUAUGAACUUCAAUAUAGAGGGAAGAACAUUUAAAUAUUCCGAGCUUAAUUGUCAAGAGGAAGUGACACCAUUAAUUAGAAGAACAGGAUCUCAGUGCUCCUCUGAAAAUACUGAAAAAGUUCUAGUUGGUUUCGAAAUUCGUGGGGAAUUUUUAGAAGUUUAUGAAAUUUGUAUGGAUAAAGCAACUAAUACACCAGUUUAUGCGAAAACUAAAAUUCACAGAUCAAUUCCUGAUGUAAGCUCAAAGAAUGAUUUUAAAUGGUUUGGCGACGAUUCAUCUGAAUUGAACUUCGAUGAUAUAUACGACUGUAAUAGACAAAUAAACGAUAUUUCGUCACGCCUCAGGAAAUGGUUCCAUUUUGAAGAUAGAUGUUGUUUUAAGAGUAGGAAGCUAGUGAAUCCUAGAGAUCUCAUAGCAGGCAUUUCGCAAAAAACUGCAUACACUUAUCUAAAUGUUGUCCCGCAAUGGAGCACAUGUGGUACAGAGAACUGGGAUAUUUUAGAAGAUAAAAUUAGAAACCUUGCUAAAUCUUCGUACGAUGAUUUAGUAGUAUGGACGGGUAUUUCUGAACACCUUACUAUAAACAAUGCCGCCUCUAUUGCCGAAAAUAUCAACCUUUUUGAUGCAACCGGACAUCAGCAAGCAGUACCACAAUACUUGUGGAAAGUUGUGCAGAACCCAGCUACCAGGUCCUCUCUUGCAAUAGUGCAGGUUAACAUGCCAGAUUUAACCAUAUCAGAAGCGUUUCGUCAUAUGUUGUGCCGGGACAUAUGUCGAGAUAUACCUUGGAUGGCUGAUCAGCUCACUUGGAGGGAUCCAACUAAAGGAUUCACCUUCUGUUGUAGUCUAGAUGAGUUCGAAACCGCAUUCCACUUGGAAAACCUCUUUGGAGAUAAUAGAAGAAUUCUUCAUAUAGCUUCCUUACCUAAAUUACGCUAA